GUAGCUGUCAGGAGCCCAGCUGGGGCCAGCGGGCGGCGGAUCCCACGGCAGCGCUGGACUGGGCUGGCUGAACCCCCGGGCGGCCUGCGGGCGGCGCGGGCAGGAUGGGGAACCGGGAGAUGGAGGAGCUGAUCCCCCUGGUGAACCGCCUGCAGGAUGCCUUCUCGGCUCUGGGGCAGAGCUGCCUGCUGGAGCUGCCGCAAAUCGCGGUGGUGGGCGGCCAGAGCGCCGGCAAGAGCUCAGUGCUCGAGAACUUCGUGGGCAGGGACUUUCUCCCUCGAGGGUCAGGCAUCGUAACCAGGCGGCCUCUUGUACUACAGCUGGUGACUUCCAAAGCAGAAUACGCUGAAUUUCUUCACUGCAAAGGAAAAAAGUUUACAGAUUUCGAUGAAGUUCGCCACGAGAUCGAAGCUGAGACAGAUCGCGUGACCGGCAUGAAUAAGGGCAUUUCCUCCAUUCCCAUCAACUUACGAGUCUACUCUCCACAUGUGUUAAAUCUCACCCUGAUCGACCUGCCGGGAAUCACGAAGGUGCCCGUGGGAGACCAGCCAGCAGACAUCGAGCAUCAGAUCAGAGAAAUGAUCAUGCAGUUCAUCACGCGGGAGAACUGUCUGGUUCUGGCUGUCACGCCGGCCAACACGGACCUGGCCAACUCGGACGCACUGAAGCUGGCCAAAGAGGUCGACCCGCAAGGUCUAAGAACCAUUGGAGUCAUCACCAAACUGGAUCUCAUGGAUGAAGGGACGGACGCCAGGGACGUCCUGGAGAACAGGCUGCUGCCUCUGCGCAGGGGCUACGUGGGCGUGGUGAACAGAAGCCAGAAGGACAUCGAUGGGAAGAAGGACAUCAAGUCCGCCAUGCUGGCGGAGAGGAAGUUCUUUCUCUCGCACCCGGCUUACAGGCACCUUGCCGACCGGAUGGGGACCCCACACCUGCAGAAGGUCCUCAACCAGCAACUUACCAACCACAUUCGGGACACCCUGCCGAACUUCAGGAACAAGCUGCAGGCCCAGCUGCUCUCCAUAGAACACGAAGUUGAAGCCUUCAAGAACUUCAAGCCCGAGGACCCCACCAGGAAGACGAAAGCCCUGCUGCAGAUGGUUCAGCAGUUCGCUGUGGACUUUGAGAAGAGAAUCGAAGGUUCGGGGGACCAGGUAGACACCCUGGAGCUCUCCGGGGGUGCGAAAAUCAAUCGUAUCUUCCACGAACGCUUUCCCUUUGAAAUAGUGAAGAUGGAGUUCAAUGAGAAAGAACUGCGACGAGAGAUAAGCUAUGCAAUCAAAAAUAUACAUGGUAUCAGGACAGGGCUGUUCACCCCGGACAUGGCCUUUGAAGCAAUAGUCAAAAAGCAAAUCGUGAAGCUGAAAGGGCCUUCCUUGAAGAGCGUGGAUCUGGUGAUGCAAGAGUUAAUCAACACUGUGAAGAAGUGCACCAAAAAGCUGGCGAACUUCCCCCGACUCUGCGAGGAGACGGAGAGGAUCGUGGCUAACCACAUCCGAGAGCGGGAAGGGAAGACCAAGGACCAGGUGCUGCUGUUGAUUGACAUCCAGGUCUCCUACAUCAACACCAACCACGAGGAUUUCAUCGGCUUUGCCAAUGCUCAGCAGCGGAGCAGCCAGGUUCACAAGAAAAACACAAUUGGAAAUCAGGGAACCAAUCUUCCGCCUUCAAGGCAAAUUGUGAUCCGCAAGGGCUGGCUGACCAUCAGCAACAUUGGCAUCAUGAAAGGGGGCUCCAAGGGGUACUGGUUCGUCCUCACAGCCGAAAGCUUGUCCUGGUAUAAAGAUGACGAGGAAAAGGAGAAGAAGUACAUGCUGCCCUUGGACAACCUGAAAGUUCGAGACGUGGAAAAGACCUUUAUGUCUAGCAAGCACAUCUUUGCACUCUUUAACACAGAACAAAGGAAUGUGUACAAAGACUACCGCUUCCUGGAGCUGGCCUGCGACUCCCAGGAGGACGUGGACAGCUGGAAGGCCUCUCUGCUCAGAGCUGGCGUCUACCCCGACAAGUCCUUAGCUGAAAAUGACGAGAACGGCCAAGCAGAAAACUUUUCCCUGGACCCCCAGUUGGAGAGGCAGGUGGAAACCAUCCGCAACCUCGUGGACUCCUACAUGUCGAUCAUCAACAAAUGCAUCCGAGACCUCAUUCCCAAAACGAUAAUGCACCUGAUGAUCAAUAAUGUGAAAGAUUUCAUAAACUCGGAGCUCCUGGCCCAACUGUACUCUUCUGGGGACCAGAACACGCUGAUGGAGGAGUCGGCCGAGCAGGCUCAGCGCCGGGACGAGAUGCUGCGCAUGCACCAGGCCCUGAAAGAAGCCCUCGCCAUCAUCGGCGACAUCAACACCUCCACAACCUUCACCCCUGCCCCGCCUCCCGUGGAUGACUCCUGGAUCCUGCACUCACGCAGGUCACCCCCGCCGAGCCCCACCACCCAAAGGCGGCCGACACUGAGCGCCCCCCUGACCCGGCCUGCGUCAGGCCGAGGGCCGGCUCCCGCCAUCCCCUCCCCGGGGCCCCACUCGGGGGCGCCCCCCGUUCCAUUCCGGCCGGGCCCGUUGCCUCCCUUCCCCAACAGCAACGAUGCGUUCGGAGCCCCUCCGCAAGUCCCCUCUCGGCCCACCAGGGCCCCUCCCAGCGUCCCCAGCCGGAGACCACCCCCAUCACCAACUCGUCCCACUAUAAUCCGCCCGCUAGAAUCCUCUCUGUUAGACUAAAGGAAGUGUCUGGCCUGGCAGCUCGUUACUAACGAACCAUGCGAACACCACGCAUUUGAUAGCCGUCGUGGUAAAUCAUGAGUAGUCUCGUGUGUGGACAUCCAUAGGCAAGUAACCGUUGUACUAACUCACCCGUCACUCACCUGCAUUGCUCAUGGUACCUCCGCCCUCUGGGGGUGUCGACUCUUGAGAACUGCUCAGUCCGCGAGGCUUUCUGUGUUGUGCCGACGACCCAGGUAGGUUCGUGGGGCAGCCCGACACUUUGGGGACCGUGUGCCUGCCCUGGGAUUACAUUUGAAAUCGCACUGGACAAGUUUCCCAGGUUACCUUCCAGAGAGCCCACUGAAUAUAAUUCUUACAAGAUCUCAGAUGCUGGGCUCAAACCUAAGCCAUACGUAUUUAUUUUCCCACGUUCUGUUUUGGUUGACAGAAAAGGUAUUAUUUAUUAUUAAGGUUUCUGUCUACUCCAUAAUUACCUGUUUAUAUUCUUUCCUUCCUUUUUAUUUUAUAAGACUGCUAGGAAGUAAAUUUUUUUAAAUCAGGGUUUCUUAAGAAGAAAGCUUUUUCCAGAAGCGCAAGGUAGUUUGCAAAGGAAAAGUGAAUGCGUUGCUUGUUCUAGAGGCUGCCCCUCAGGCCAGUGAGUUUCGUUUCAUGCUAGAAGCUCAUUCAACAACAUGUCAGACUUUGUCUCUUCUGUGGUCAUCCAGCAGAUCUGACUGGUUAAUUUGAGAAUUCAGGAAGAAGCAAAACAUCACGUCUCUAGAAGUAUCUGGAAAAUGUAAUUUCUUCAUUCAUUUAUAUAAUCACCUCUUCACAGGUUACAGUGAAGGCUGACGUGGAAAACAUUUAUUUUUUUCAGAUGCUCCCUAAUUUCAGGCAUGGCUGACUGCGCUUUGAUACGAACUCCGGUUUAUUUGUUUAUGUUGGUUGGUUGGGGCAGAACUAUUCCUCUCUUUCUCUAACACAUAAUUCUCAUAUGUAAGCAUGUAGCCUACCUUUAAAACAGGCUCGAAGUAACUUUCUGUCUAUUCUAGGCUUUCUUAAUAAACUGAGAGCCUUCCUGUGGGGUAACCCUAUUUAAAGAACAGGGACCCGGAAUGAAAAGAAAAGUCGUUUUGUUUAAGAGCAGAGUUCACAACUUUUAUAGUUAUGCAACUUCAGAGUCUCCAUCCAGGUCAUUCCAGAGAACGGUAUUAAGACACAGAGACCCAAAGCAAAUUGGCAAAUUCUAACAUUUCUGAAAUUUACAAGAGCCCUUUAGCCUGGGGGGUGAAUCGUUCAGCCUUGAGGCUGAGUUUUGGAUAACCCAGGGCCGGAUGAUUAGUGCACAGGAGACCUGCCAGAGCCAACUGGAAUCUGCUCGGCUAACUGUUCCCAGACGGGACCCGCGACACUAUUUCAUACUCCGCAGAAGUAAAUCAGGUUUCGCCAACUGAAACGUCUCCCUUUGAAAGCAGCAAACGUGAUUUGUAUGUUCACGUCACUUUAAUUUCCUGUGUAGUUUAUACCCAAAGCAGACACCCAUAAACUAUGGAGUAAAAACUUCCAGCCAUUAUUAAAAAGAGAGCUCGCGGAGCUGAACAGCGUUGUUCUGAACUUACUCUAAAGGGUUACAGCUAGCCCACUUAGGCAAAAACCCAGAGAGUUCAAGAUUCAUUAAAAAGGGCAUUUCAACUCUUAAGUUACAGAGAUUGUAUAAAGAUCGCCAUCCUAAAUCUCAUAUCUCAUUUUUCUUUCUAUUGGGAAGAAAUUAACUUGGUGAAGGGAGCAGAUGAGCAAGAAAUAUACUAUACUUUAAAAAUAGUGUCACAGCUAAAUGGAAAUAUGUUAAGUAAACAUCCAGAGUGAAAUAAUCUAGAGUGAGAUCUUUUCAUAAAAUUCCCUCUCUGAAGGAUUCCCUUUGCUUCUUCCUUUGAAUUUCCCGAAAGAGGCAGCUCAUGGAGUGUAUGCUCCAGGGUUUGGCCUUGGGCUGUGUGUGGUUUGCGCUUUGCUGUAUUUCAAAAAUGCCCUUCUGUUCAAGGAAAAUAUUGUGGACAACCACAGCCGAGAUCUUAGUGCAGCACAAACCGGGUCAAAGAAAACUGGAGAUUCUCCUCCCAAGUUCCUUCCCCGGAUCUUACGCUGUUGUAAACAAUGGCACUUGGCUUCGGCGGCCGCUGCUCUCAGAUUUUAAUCCCACAGUGUCACUGUCCCGACUGCCUCUCCUGUGGGCACCUUUUCCUCCUAGUUCACGUCUGCGUCGUUUCUGACGGGCCCCAGCCCCCACCCCUGGAACUCCAGCCGGCAUGGUGGAGAACAUGUUCAGUUUGCCGCAGUGCGAUGUCCCGUGAUGAGCGCUGACCCCACUUCCCAGCGGGUUCGCACCCGCUAAGGGGAGACAUUGGUGUCGAUGUGAAUGGAGCUGGGAAUGGAAGGGCAGUACUUCCAUCAGGCCUUCGGGCAGGAAGGAGCUUAGUGAGCUUCCUGAGUGUUUCCCGUUCCACUUCACGCCUUGCGUAGCUUCCUCCUGUCCCCGCUGUGGCCUACAUGAUACACUGAGGUCUGUCGUGCCUAGUGUAGCAAAAUAAAACUUACAGUGUUUCGGGAUUUGGAAAAAUACGCCGUCUGUUUGCUAGGUACAUCUAUUUUAAUGCCACAAGCUAAAUCUUGCAUGCUUAUUGAUUCAUUGGAAUACCCAUGUACUCAGCUGUGGACAGAUUAUUGAAAUAAUGUUAACGUAGAACAGCUCUAUUGCAUUCCCAGAAGUCAUCUGCCCAAAUGACUCUCCUGAACAUCGCUUUUAGCUGUGUCCUUGUAACAUAGCAGAGCAGUGGGGUCUGUUUAUUAGUGAACGGCCUAGGUGUCCGAUACAAACUCACCCAUUCCAAAACUGGCCGUAACGGAACCAGUUUCUGUGAUAUAACUAUAAGCCUCCUGAAUUUAGGGUUAAAAAGUAGUCAUGUAGAUUAAUUUUAUGACUUUAUAGUGUAGCGUCGACCAUAGUUCUCCAGAAUGAAGUGGGACCUAAUACCAGUAUGUGGUACCUGUUGAUGUUUUCCGUGUACAAACACAUUUUCUAUGCAUGUGUCUUCAUGUAGAACAGUGUACACAUAGUGUGUUUGUUUCUGUAAAGUUUGUGCAUUUUGUGCCCCUGGGGCAGAUAGGUCUAAAAGCGCUUGUUAAAAUGCCACAAGCAUGAGUGUGAUCGUGUGUGCACUGUGCAUACACGUAUGUGGAGGGAUGUAAAUAUUUAUGUGUCCGUGUGCUCUGUAUGUGUGGGUGUGGAUCUGUUUUUUAAGCUGCGCCAGCACAAGAGGUAGCUCUGGAAAGCCUGCUAUAAUGCAUGGGAAUAGUGCUUCAAGCCUCAGGGUACCUGAGGUAUCCAAAAGCUUCUCCAGAUUCUAUUUGUUCUGAGAGGCGCCAAGAUAAGAAUUACCAUGACAACCUGGUGGAAUGACAGGCACGGGCAUUUGUGUCUAAGUCCGCUGUCUAAAGUGGAAAGACAACCUUUCCGAUGGAGUUCAGUCAAAAGUGUGAGAUCCGAAAACCUGCACUGUGGGUCUCUAAUUGUCCUUAGAUUGUUGAGCCGAAUCUUAAAAAGCCAGAUUUGGUCUACCCAGUCAUCUUUUCUCUACAGUAAUUGUUUAAAAUAUAUAAAGGACAGGGCUACAGCGAUGUAACAAAUGAAGUGGAUCCUCCCGAGCAAAUGGGCUAGAGAUGCAGGGGAGGAGUUUCGUAACACCUCGGAGGUGGGUCAUCGGUCCUCUUUGUCAGGCGAACAUUUUUUACUUGGACAACAAUGUAAUCAUUUGGAAUGGACAGGAAUCUCCUUAACCUUGAGAAUGAACUCUACAUAGUAGGUCUCUAUUAAUGGAACUCAGUGGAAGAAGAUACCGUGGGAGGCUGGAGCUGUGACUUCUCUGUCAUUUCACCAAGAGGACUGAUAGCUGUGAGCUCAGGGUGAUGUGAGCGCAUCCAGCCGAUUUCCCAGAAAUGAUUAUUGGUUCACUCCAUCACCCGGUCCUUCCUUAAAGGCUCCAAUGUGUUAGAUUGUCUUAAGCCAUUCCGUCUAGUUGCUGUGUUUAAAAUGCUGGGCGCUCUGUAUCACAGCCUUGAAGAGUAUGUUGAAACUAUGUAAUAUAAGCUCUUCUGUUGGUGUAUUUGUGCAAGAACGUGCACGCGUGUGAGACCAGGAGACGGGAAGUUCAAGGACAGUCUCUCCUGUGUCUUAAGACCUGUUCACACUGGGGUGUUGGUGGGACUUCCCGCCUCUCUGAGCUGGGUUGCUCAGGUGAAGGCUUUCACUUCUUUCAUUUUUUACCCUUGAAUUCCUCAAACUUUGCUCUGUGUAACGUUCUUUAAAUUAUGAUGACAGUAUCUCUGUCUGCCCUCGUGCACCGUCUGCUGCCAGUUGGACGAGACGCGCUCCUCCCAACCAGAAGUGCACCGUUACUCGAUUUGUGUGUGAUGUCCCGUGUACAGCCCGGGUUUUGCUCACGAGUCUGUACUGUUCACUCCCUUUUUUAUUCCCAUUUCUUCCUUUGCCUUUUUAUGAAGAAGCAGUGUACAGAAGCAAAGUCUUGUCUUCUCUGUGGAAUCUCUGGUUAAUCUGAGCGAGAAUUCUUUCCAGUGUAUUCUUGGCACUUUGCGGUUUCUUAAGGCUGGUUGAUGGAUGGGACCCUGUAAAUGGAAUUUUUGAAACCAGGUCCUAAAGCUUGUAUCAUUCUCGAAGGUCACAUGUACCUGUUGUGAAAAUGUGAAGCUGUAUUUCUGAACCUGAAAUAAAUGAUAACCUUUGAAGGACUCCCCCUUCCGCAUGUUUUGUUAUGUAUCCGAGUCAUUUCUAUGCAUAUCAGUAAAGUUACGAGACUUCUAAAUAUUUAUAACUCUUGUGAUCAAAUUGGUCCAGAAUGACCGACAUGGAAAUUGAAAACAUUGGGCGUUACUGUCAUUAAUUUGGGGGAA